AAGAAGAAGAUAAGAAGAAUAAGAUAAGAAGAAGAAGCGACGUAAAGAAGAUAAGAAGAAGCGACGUACAACAAUUGUUCUCUGAAGGAGAGAGAGACUGAAAGAGGAAAGUUUUGAUAGGAGGUUGUGAAAGAGAUUUAACAGGAGGUUGUGGCUCACGGACUCUUCAAUCGGGAAUAAAAAGGAUACUGCCUGUUUGUUGCAUAACUGAGUCAUGGAAAAUCCUGAGCCAGUGGACAUCAAUGAUAAGGAUGAAAAUACAUCUUUACUUGAAGUUCAGUCCGAUGGUGAUCAUACAGUCAGUGAAAAGUCCAAGAAGCCAGUGGAAUCUAAGGCAUUCAACCGAGCCCUGUUACGGUGGACACUUUAUAGACUGAACAAGAAUACCCUCAGUGUAAAGGAUCUUGAAAAAGAGUCACUGUGGUCGUCAGUAUCAUGUUUCGUGCUGUUAGUGUUUGCUACACUUUUUGCUCUGGGCUUUUGGCAGCUUCAGCUAAAGUACCAAAGAGCAUAUUACAAUAUUCUCCCCUUUCAUUGUAUAUGUUCAAUUGUGUAUACUGUAACUUUUAUAAGAGGAAUGUAUAUUUUCAGAAAGCCUUGUGUGUUCUUCAUUGUGUCUACAUAUUUAAGAUUUACAAGUAAUGAUCAUCAUAUUAUCUAUAGUGAGAAUGGGGCUGAGAAUGAGUCCAUAGAAGUUUCAACAGAUGAGGAAGAAAGCUGGAACGAACAGAUUUCAAAGAGUUAGAAGAGGAAAUGUCCUACGUUUUAUUUGAUCUUAAUAUAUAUUUUGUAUAUUCAAACUUCAGCACACCAGGGAGAGAAGUGGUGUGUGUUUAAACUUUGGAGGAACUUCAUAAGUUUGUUUCCAUUAUUAGGCUUAGCUUAUUUUUUAGUGCUCAUUUUAUAGAAUUGCAUCAUAAACUGUUGUGAUUAUUGGAUAGGAAGUGAUCAGGGUAGCUGAAAUUUUUAUUACCGAUGAUCAGUCAUCAGAUAGUGCCUUUUUAUAGAGACAUUUCAUACUGUGAUUGCAACUUUUAGGUAUGUACCUGAGAGUACUGAAAUGCAUUGUGAUAUAUAUACUUUAGAGAAAUGAUUGUCUUUAUAAAGACAGACUUCAUGAAAUAGUUACUAGUUGCUUUAAAUUUAUUCAGUUAUAAUUUCAUACUUGUUUUUUUAUAUAUAUAUACUGUAUAUAGUUAUGUAUAACCUUGGAAUAUGCUUGCUUUAAUUGUAAAGCUGAAUAUACCACACUAUUUUCAUUACUCAGAAUCAUACCAGCUUUUGGGAAAGAAAUUCUUGUUAUAUAAUAAACUUUGUUACUCGUUUAUCAUCAAAAAUACAUUCAUAUAUUUAUA